UACAUACGAGGAUCGGUCAGGUGUAUUCGUUAGGAUGCCAAGGAAAAAGAUCUAUAUCUCCACAGCCGCGUAACCAUUGAAGCAGAAAUGCAAAACCUGAGCUUUCGAAGCAAAUUAGAAGGAAACAAAAAAAGCUGGAAAAACUAAUUGAUUCAGCCGAAGCAAAAUAAAAACCAUUGCUGCAGAAAUCGUCGUAUGUUGAUCAGUUAGUUAUUAAUAACGCAACAGCAACUGACAAAAUAUCCAGAAUUUUUAUCAGUUUUUCCUAUCGUUUAUACGGGAUAUUCGUCCUAAUUUCCAAAAUAUUGGAUUGUAAAAAGCUGAUAAAUCAUACCAUGAAUACUGUUGAGGAUUUCAUUCAGAAGCCUUCCUGUCGUAUGUUGGACAAAUUGGAGGUUGCCGCAGCAAUUAUAGAUACCGUUGCCUCGCGCCAUGACAAUCAGGAAGGUGGCUUUGAUUUCCGUCCGCAUAAAGUUGUUGUUUCGGGACGGACAGCGCAAGUUUCCGUGCUGAAAAUGGACGAAAUCGAUUCCGAUUAUGUAAAAUACCAUCACGAGGAAGCCGUGCGUGCUCUGUUGUAUGCUGCUCCGGAAAUCAUUGCAGAAACUGGGCUAAUGGGCAUAGAAUGCUUCCAGAGGGCGGACGUUUGGGGAUUUGGAUGUUUGUUGUUAUACCUUAUCAGCGAAACCCAUCCUCUACAUUAUGCUACUUUUAAAAAUAAAGAAAGACGUUGCCUUAAUUACGAGCAAAACCCGUUUCUUGCUAUCACAAUAAUGGCGGCAAGCGGUAAGAGCCAGCCCGAUUAUCAGAGCUAUUGUGGGGACUAUACCGCAUUGUUGGAACUGUUCGCUUCCUGUUUCCGCUUUGAACCAACCGAGCGAGAAAGCGUGUCAACACUGCGAAACCAACUUCUUCCUGCUUGUGCAGUGUCAUUUGCUGCAACACCAUCGAUACGAAAACCUUUUGAGAUGGUUUACCUCAUUUCCAGUAGGCCGGAAGACCCACAAAUCUCCGAAAGCACGGGAUUGGCAGCCGCUGAGAUUGAGCGUUCAACUGCAGAGCAUUCACGCGUAAAUGUUUCCGGCAUAUCUGAAAAGAAUCUUCCCGAAAAGUUGUCGAAAGAGAAGCCUGCCCUGCAAAGGCAUCCAGGUCGUCCUGCGUUCGUACAAACAGUAGCCGAAGCCAGAGGAUCUGGAAGGGAAGAACUGUACGAGACACCAACACAUUACGAGGGCGCAGACUCAAGGGCUGAAUCUAUUUACGCGAAACUUCCCGAUAAAAGGACCCAUAAACUAUUGGCGGAACACAGUGGUAAUCCUAUCAGCGUGAGGACGGAGGUGCCUGCUGACAGAGAGACAAGAGAAAAGCUAAAGUUCGCAUCAAAAAAGUGAAUCGCAACCACUGACCGCGCGUUCUUACGAAGGAUUAAACAUUUCGUAAUUACCGACUUCACAGACGGCUGUGUAUAGAAUCGCCCCUGUAAACAGAUUUUCUGCUGAAAAUUUAUUUUUUUAUCCAUUUUGCACAAUCAAAUUUGGCAAUUUUUCGUUAUUUUUUUUAAAAAAAAAGCAGUGUGAUGCAAUUAAGCAUGUCCAGUCAUAUUCUAGGCCUAAGGAUUCCUCAAAACGCGAUCCUAGUUCUUGUGCAAUGAGAACCACUCGAGAACAACGUGAUCGUUGCCGGA